CGGACGAGCUUCGCGCGGAGGCCGCCCCCAGACCCGCCGCGGGCGACAGGGCGCGUCCGCCUUCCCCCGUUCCCCGGCGGCGGCGGCGGCGGCGCCCGCGGCUUGUUCUCCGGAGGGGGGCUGUAGCGGAAGGCCGGGACCGGCGGAGGGAUGCGGUGCGGUGUGGCCGCAAGGUAAGACCUCCAGUUUUGAAGAUGCCUCUCUUUGGGAAAAUUGUUGUUAUUAAGCGGAAUGGGGCGGAUGGAAUUCACUUUCCACUCACUGCAAGUUCUUGUUUAUUUGGAAGAAAAACAGAGUGUGACAUCCGCAUCCAGCUGCCUCAGGUUUCCAAAGAACAUUGUAAAAUAGAAGUAAAUGAGAACAAGGAGGCAAUAUUGACUAAUUUAAGUAAUGUAAAUCCAACCCAGUUGAACAGUAGCAGUUUUCAGCAACCUGUACAUCUGAAGCAUGGAGAUAUAUUAACUAUAGUUGAUCGUUCUUUUAGGUUUGAAUAUCCUCCUCAGUCUACUCCAAGAAAGAGAUGUUCUAGGUCUCCAAAAAGUGAAACCCUGCAGGUUCUUCAUGUUCAGCAGGUGGCAGAAGUGGAAUCAUUACUUACAGAGACUGCAAGAUCUAAAGGUCCUCGUGGUUCUGAUGACAGUAAGUGUGAAGGCCAAAAUGCUGGUGAGAAUAAGCAAAGCACUGAGGAAAAUAUUACCAGACCUAAAUCAGCCAAGAAACCUGCAACACCCAAGUCUGCAUUCAGAACACCCACGUCUGUCAAAAAAGAAAAUAAGAUGUCUCCUUUUAGCCAAAUUUAUGAAUAUCUGAAGCAUGAGAAUGCAAUUAACAAAAGUCAGUCAGAAAGCAACAUACAACAGCAAACAGAUAUAUCAAGAUGUCUACCUGGUCAGGGGAGCCAGAUUAAGAUGGACGCAAUCAUUAGGGAAGAUGCUAAAGAGUGUAAAGUUAAACAAAACAUACAUGGCUUGGAACCGAAUCAGUUUACUACUGAACAAAAUGGUUUAGAGAAGAGAUUUUCUGGAAGUCAUCGAACUGUUGUUACAAAUCAGAAACCAAUAGAUUUAGAAGAAAAAAAUGACUUGCCUUUGCAGGACUCUGCUGAAACCUAUGAACAAAAUGUAUCAAGAAAAUCUGAAGUGACUAAGUGUAUUGCAAUUAAAUUAAAGAGAGUGAGUGACCAAAAAGCAGCAUUUUCUCCUAAGUCAUGUACUAUAGAAUCCUUGGGAGACAUUGCUCAAGUACUCCCCCCUGGAACACCAAUUAAGCACUCAACAGGGGCAGCUAAUGAAGAUGGCUUGACAAGCAUUUCUGAAACCACUAAAUACUCUGCAUCUACACCAAGGUCUAGAAGGAAGGGUCGUUGGUCUCAUUCAAGCUCAUCUACAAAAGAGACCAAUGAAACAAGUUCUAUAAGUACAGACAGAUCACUAACUGGACAAGACUUCUUGUUAAUGCUUAAGCAAUCAACAGAAAUUAAAUCUGAAAUUCAAAAGGGUGUAGUGUGCAAAAGUGAUGGAAAUGAACUGUGUGUUUUGGCAGAAAUGAAUAAAAAUUCGAAACAAAAGAGAACUAGUAAACCGCUUACACCAGUAAAAUCUUUAAGUGCAGAAGAAGUGGUGAAAGAAAUUCAUGAUGAGACUUAUUUUGCCUCAAAAAAGAGAGAUUCUGAAACUCAUACUCCUCCUCCUAGGAAGAGUAGUUUCCAAAGCACCAGAAGGAGUUGUAGUCAAAAUAAGGAACUGAGAAGUAAAAGUGUGCAUUCAGAAAUGCUUUCUCCAGGAAAGAUAGCAACAAAGGAUGCAUCUCCUAGCAUCUGUAAAUCUCAUUCUGGGACUCAAAGAGGUAGACCAAGGACCUCUAGACAGCAUAUAGAAAAGGCACUGGAGAGAGAUUCAUCUCAAGAACAUGACAAGAGUGUAGACAGCAACAAAGAGGAGUUGGCUGCAAAGAGUUGCCAACAGAAAUUGGAUUUGGAAGAUGCUUCUAUUAUGCCAAGAUGUCAUAGGCUGUCAACAAAAAGAAGAUGCUCUGAAAAUGUUGUAUUGAAAGAUGAUGAGAUCCUUUCUGAAAUGAGUGCUUGUGGUCUGUCUGUUAAAAUAGAGAAGUCAGGUGAAUUGAAGAGGUCACCACAAAAACGAAAAAGUGGUAACAGUGAUUUGUCACUUCAGCCCCUUGGGAAAAGGAAGAGAGUGUCUUUUGGUGGUCAUCUGAGUCCUGAACUUUUUGAUAAGAGUUUGCCUCCUAAUUCACCCCUCAAAAGAGGUGCAAUUCCAGCAAGACUUAGCUUACCAUUUGGAAAUUCACCUCGUGCAGUUCUGAAGAAGGCUCAGGGGCUCAAACGUUGUGUAAUCAAGGAACUUUCUGAGCAUUUGCAGAAAAAAAAAUUGUCACCAAAACAGCCGCCCGCCCGGAGGUCCCCGGCUGCCUCGCCGCCCGCCCGGAGGUCCCCGGCUGCCUCGCCGCCCGCCCGGAGGUCCCCGGCUGCCUCGCCGCCCGCCCGGAGGUCCCCAGCUGCCUCCCCUGGCCUUGAAAAUACGUCAUCUAAACUUUCUGCAAGCACCCCUUCAAAUGCAUCUUUUACAAGAGGACGCUUCUCAGUUUCUCACAUCAGCACACCAUCUCCAACUUCAGAGGAACAGGGUUCUAUUGAAGAAAAAAUUAAUGUAAAUGCAAGAGAUUUUACUCAUGCCAACACACUUGAAUCUUUUCGUGUUAACCAGGAUCAUAAGAUUUCUGUACCCACUACACCUAAACAGGUAACAAGGCAGAGUGCAAGAUUUACUGCAAAGAGAACUCCUGGGAAGAGGAGGAGUGGUGCUGUGGCAGCUGUUCAUGCUAAACGAAGGAGUGGUGCUUCUGAUGCCAAUUUGCUAGUUGCAAAAUCCUGGGCAGAGGUGGUGAAACUGGGUGUUGCAAGACCACAAGUGAGAACUGCAAAAAAAUAUGUUCAAAAAAGAAGAAGAGCGAAGAAAUUACAAUUGCCAAAGACACCAGAAAGAAAAGUAAAAGGACAUUUUAGUACAGGUCAUGCAGAUUCUCCUGCUACAAUAAUGAUAGGAAGAGCUCAUACCACCACAGUGAAAAUGGACUAUGGACAAGCCCCAAAAGUGGUGAAAAACUCUGCUUUGAAACUCUGCAUGGAUAUAAAUGAAAGUUUCACAGGGGUGCCUGAGAUGUUUAAAACUCCAGUAAAUGGGGAUCAAAAAAGUCCAUCUCUGACAUCUGGCCAAAAGACUGACCUUUCGCCAAUGUACACUGCAAUCGAAGUCUCCGAGCUACUCACUCCAGAGGAAUCUGGAGAAAUGGCAGUAUCACCCUUAAAUAUUUCAAGUAGUGCAAAACAAAAACAAGUUAAUCAGGAAGCUGUAUCUCAUUUCCUGAAAAGACAAAAGUCUUCAGAUUCAGAUGUUUCUAUUGAUUCUGAUAAAGACGAAGCAGUAAUGAAAAAGAAAAUGGGAACGAAACCAUUAAUAAUAGCAGAAAAGAAAAUAAAUGAGGUGACGUUAGGAGCUAGAAGUCAAAUGAAUACCCCAAAGCAAGAGACAGAACCUCUUGAAACCUUGUCAGGUGUCAAACAGUGCAUGAAGACCCCAGAGGAAAAGACGGAGCCAGCUGAGACCUUGUCAGGUGUCAAGCGGUCCUUGAGGACCCCUAAGCAAAAGGCAGAACCUGUUGAUGCCCUGUCGGGAGUCAGGCGUCUUAUGCGGACCCCAAAGCAAAAGGCAGAACCCGUUGAUGCCCUGUCGGGAGUCAGGCGUCUUAUGCGGACCCCAAAGCAAAAGGCAGAACCCGUUGAUGCCCUGUCGGGAGUCAAGCGUCUUAUGCGGACCCCAAAGCAAAAGGCAGAACCCGUUGAUGCCCUGUCGGGAGUCAAGCGUCUUAUGCGGACCCCAAAGCAAAAGGCAGAACCCGUUGAUGCCCUGUCGGGAGUCAAGCGUCUUAUGCGGACCCCAAAGCAAAAGGCAGAACCCGUUGAUGCCCUGUCGGGAGUCAAGCGCCUUAUGCGGACCCCAAAGCAAAAGACCCAGCCCGUUGAUGCCCUGUCGGGAGUCAAGCGUCUUAUGCGGACCCCAAAGCAAAAGGCAGAACCCGUUGAUGCCCUGUCAGGAGUCAAGCGUCUUAUGCAGACCCCAAAGCAAAAGGCAGAACCCGUUGAUGCCCUGUCGGGAGUCAAGCGCCUUAUGCGGACCCCAAAGCAAAAGACCCAACCCGUUGAUGCCCUGUCGGGAGUCAAGCGCCUUAUGCGGACCCCAAAGCAGAAGAUGGAACCUGUUGUAGAUGAUGUUGCUUUUAAAAGAUUGUUUGAAACUCCAGAACAAAGAAAGCAAGUAGGUAACAACAUUUGUGGAGUCUCGGUUACCAAGGCAACAGCAAAAGUAAAAUGCCAACCAGUAGAAGAUAUGAAGAGAAUCAGCUGUAUGAUGAAGACACCAAAGGAAAUUGUCAGACCAAUAGAAGAUAUGUUUGGUAUCAGUAGGCUACUGAGGACACCAAGAGAAAAGUAUUUACCAGUUGAUGACUUCGUGGGAUUGCAAAAGCUUUUGGCAGAGCCUAAACAAAAAUGUUCAGAUUCUGAACUGGACUAUGUUGGUGUUAAGGAAAUGUUUGAUACUCCUGAGGAAAAGGUCCAAUCAACAGAAGUUAUGGAUCUCUCACAAAAAGAAGUGUUUCCUUGUACUGAUUCCAGAAAUGAACAUGCAGAAGAGAAAUCCUCACUCUGUAACAGCAGUGAAAAAGUGAUUCUAUCACUUAGAAAGAGGACUGGAGGACAGGAAAAUUUAGAAAUGCUAAAAUCCAUAGUUCCAGCUAAAAGAAACAGAAGAGUUAAAACCGAACAUAACAAACAGUGCUCUACAGAUGAGCCUUGUUCAAAAGAAAGACCCCGAAGACAGAGAAGGAACACUCGUAGAGCAGAAAUGGCAAAAUGUACACAAAGAGAUGAAGAUGAUUUUACUAAGAAUCUCACUGAAGCUGUUCCAAUGGAAGAAUUGGAAAACAAAAAAGCAAAAAUUAAAGUGACCGAGAAAAAAGGGAAAGCUUUAAAAGGAAACUCCAGAAAACAGUUGGCUGAAGCAGAAGUUGUGAAAAUGGAUUACAACACUGUAGGAAAUAUCCAAGAAAUCAAAAGAACUUCAAAUGAAACUGCAGUUAAAACACAAGCACCUCUGGAAGAAACUGAAGCAGGAAAUAAGGAUGCAGGAACAGAUGAAAGUUGCAAGUCAGAUUACUUACUUUCUGAAAAUGCAAAUGAAGUACCUCUUAAUGUUUACCACUUGCAAGCAAAUACAAAUCCAGUAAAAGAAAGUAAUCCAAGAUGUAGAAAUAACAGAGGUAAAAAAGGUGUAAUUAUGCCUAAGGAAGAUGAAUUUUCAAAAAAUGUAAAUGGUAAAGAAGCAAGUCAGACAAAAGAUCUUAAUACAAAAAAUAUAAACGAUCAAGAUUUCAUAAUUGCUCAGACCCCUGGCACCUGCAGUCUGGAUUCUCUUAGUGGCAGUAGGAAAGAACAUGCUGCUCAGGUUGCUUUCAAUGGAACAAAUUAUUUAAAUGAGUCACAUUGUGGAUUUAAGAGAGAAAUAAGCAGCGAAGAAAUAAUACCUCAAAUGAAAUCAGACAUUGAAUCCCAGAAAACUGCUACCAAAAAAUCUUCACGAGCAGAGAAAACUUCCAAAACCAAGAAAGAUCAAAAGGAUUCAACUACAGCAGUAGUUCAAAUUGUUGAAGAGGAGAGUGCUGUUCUUAGAUGUAGAAGGAGUACAAGGGGAAGUAAUAAGGAACAAGAAACACCCAAAACAAAUGAAAAUGAAAUUCUGGAAAAUAAUCCAACAGAAAGCAAAGAAAAUAUAUUGAGAAGAGGGAGAAGGAAAGAAGUUCAGUUUCAACUUAAGGAAUCUAGCUCCGUUUCUCUCGGAGGAAAACACGCUGGACCUGAAGAUAACAAUAAAGAAGCAAAUCAUGAAGAUGGUCAAAAUGAGGCAUCAAAAAAAAUACCUGCCCAAGCAAAUGGAAGAAGGGGCCGAAGGAAACAAGUCAACCUUGUGCUACAGGCAGCUACUUCCUCUUCUGUUACAGGAAAAAGCAUAUUGCUUGAAGACCCUAGCAAAGAUGAGACUGUUAAAAAAGAUGAAAAUACAACUUUGGAAGCUGCCACUUCCUCUCUAAAACAGAAUUCCUUGAGAAGCUGGAAAAGGGAAGUUGUUUUCACAUCACAGAUGGCUAAUUCCACUUCUCUUAGAAGAAAACAUGAUUUGUCAGAAGGUAAUGAUAAAGAGGAGACUCUUCAAAAAGAUCAAAACACGGUUUUAGAAAAUACUGCUUCCCAUACAAAAAUUAGUGCAUCAACAAGAGGCAGAAGAAAAAAGUCUCAUCUCGCAGAGCAGGCAACAAGUUCAUCUUCUCUCAGGGGAAAACAUGGCUUGACAAAAAAUGAUAAAAAUGAGAUUGCUGAUGAAGGUCAUGGUGCAGGUUUGGAAAUGAGUGCUGCUUCUACAGAAGAAAUUCCAUCAAGAAGGGGAAGAAGGAAAAAGGUUGCUUUUGUGCCACAAGAAACAAGGUCCACUUCACUACAGGCAAAAUGUGUUUUGCCUACAAAUGGUGUUAUUGAGGAGAUUCUUAAAGAUCAAAACAUAGCUUUGGAAAAUACCACUACCCGAACAAGAGCUAACUCAGCAAGAGGGGAGAGAAUAAAAAAAUCUGAUCUCACACAACAGGUAGCAAGUUCCCCUUCAGUCGGGGGAAAAUGUGGUUUGGAGAGAAAUGGUGUUGAAGACGCUAGUAAAGAUCAAAAUGUGGCUUUGGAAAUUGUUCCCUCUGCUAGAGAGAAUCUGUCAAGGCGGGGCAAAAGGAAAGAUGCUGUUAUCUUACCACAGGCAAUUAAUUUUACUUCCCAAGAAGGAAAAUGUGGCUUGCUAAUAGAUAAUGUUACAGAAAAGGUUCCUGUGGAAGAUCAAAAUAAGGUUUUGGAAAAUGCAUCUUCUGAGGCAAAAGCUAGUACAUCAGCAAGGGGUAGAAGAAGAAAGGCAGAUCUAGUAGAACAGGCUACAAGUUCCCUUUCACACAGGGGAAAAUGUGGCUUGCCAAAAAAUGAUGGUAAAGAGGAGAUUAGCGAAAAUCAAAAUAUAGUUUUGGAAACUGUACCCUUUUCAAGCGAGAUUCCACCUAGAAGGGGGAGAAGGAAAGGGGUUGUACCCUUGUCACAGGCAACUAGUUCUACUUCUCAAAAGGAAAAAUGCAGCUUGUCAGAAAGCAGUGAUCAAGAAGAUACUCAUAAAGAAGGUAAAAAUGUGGCUUUGGAAAGUGCAACACCCCUUGAAAAAUCUAACCCAUUAAAAAAGAAGGGAAGGAAAAAGAUGGAUCUCCUGUCACCAGCAGCAGGUUCCACUGUUCCCCACAAUCAACUCAGUCUGCCAGAAAAUGAUGGUAAGAGGGAGACUCCUAAAGGAGAUCAAAAUAUGCCUUUGGAAAUUAUAUCGUCUGCAAAAGGGAAGCCAUCUGGAAGGGGCAGAAAGAAAAAGAUAGAUGCUUCUACUUCUCUUAGGAAAACUUAUGACUUGCCAAAAGACUCUGGUCAAGAGGCGACUCCUAAAGAAGACAAAAAUGUGGCUGUGGAAAAUGCACUCUCCCAUGGAAAACCUGAUCUGUCAAGAAGGAAAAGAAACAAAAAGAUUGAAGUCAUGUCACAGGCAGAUAAUUUCCCAUUGUUCCAAGAUAAAGCCAGAUUGACAGAAGAUGAUAUUAAAGAGGUAGUUCAUACAGAAGGUCAGAAUGUAGUUCUUGAGCAUACUACUCCUGCAAAAGAGAUUAUAUUGAGAAAAGGCAAAAAGAAAGAGAUUGGUCUUCCAUCCCAGGCAACGAGAUCCGCUCCUCUCGGGAGAAAACGACACUUGCCAGAAGAUGAAAGGGCAGCCAAACAAGUAAAAUCAGGAGAGAACAGUGAAAGCAGAACUCUGAGAGGAAGAAGAAACAAAACUCAAGAAGGAAAUGACAAAGAUGUAAGCCGGAUUCAGACUGGAAUAGAGAGGAGAACAAGAGCAAGUACAAGAACAAGAAAGUAGCCUUAUUUAGUAGCUGGAGAGCAACUUCCGAAAUAUGUUCAGGAUUUGCUUUUGCAAUUUUUUAUGUAAAUGAAUGUACAUUUGGAUUUUAAAGCAAUUGGUGAAUUUUCAUAUAAUGGAUAUAUAUUUUAACCUGCUUUACAUAUAUCAUUUAGUUCUUUUAGUCGCGUAGUUUGACAAGAAGUGGCAUCCAAACCCUGAAAGAACCACAGAAGAAAGAAAGAAAAAUCCCAUACACAACUCCUUGAAUUUGUUGGCCACACCUUUCUUUUAUCUCUGCUCAUUAAAGCAGUCCGGCAGCUAUAUUAUCUUGUUGUAUCUGUCCAUGGAAAGCGCUUGUCUAGUUAAAUUUUAGUUGAGCUUUAUUUUUUCAGGGAAGUUUUGUAAAUAUUCUUUAAAAAAGUCUACGGGUUUUUAUUGGCAAAACGUUUAUGUGGGAAUUCUGAUUUUUUAAUAGCUUCAGUUAAUUGUACUGCAGAAAAUGCAGAUGUUAAAAGUCAUUAAAUUUUGUAAAUGUUCAUUAGA